UCUUUCUGUCGUGAUUUGAUCGAUUUAUUCUAACCAGUUUUGUUUUCAUUUUCAGAUCGUAACCCGACGUUCCUCGAGCUUAUCCCCGAAGAUCUUUUAGAAACUCACGAGGAGUUGGCUUCCCGGAAGUGUAACUGGACCAAGCAUUUUACGCUCAAAAGAGUCGAGAAAGCGCUGAGAUUACUCCGAGGCGUGUCCUGUUCAUCAUCAUCAUCCUCUUCGGAUCACCGAUUAAGCGGCUACAUGGAGAUGCAGAAGGCGAAGAUGACGCUAAGGGAGAAAAAGGCUGCUGAGAAGGAAGCGGCCGAGCAGAAAAGAGCUCUCGAGGCGGUUUUCAAACCUUUGACCGAGGGGUCUAGAAGGCCCGAGGCGUCCGAUCUACCCGAGGCGUCUGGCAGACCCGAAGUGGUUAAGGGCCCCGAAGGAUCCGGGGUUGAUCUAGCUGUUACUUCGGUUCUUCCCGAAGCGGUCGACGAUGUCCCAGCUGGGGACAGUGGAGUUCAAGCUCCCGAGGUCGAACACACCGAAGUUGUGGUCGGCUUGGCUGCUGGUAGACAGGCCAAGUCUAAGGGAAAACGUCCUCGGGGCGACCACUCUACCGAUAAGAGGAAGAAGUCGAAGAGCGAUCACAGCAGCUCUCGACCGAUUUACAAGGACAAGGUGGCUUCGGCCAACCUUGUUGCUUCGUGUGCAUGGCCGUUGUUGACGGCCCCUGAGAAUCUGGCCGAGGCGGAAAGAUACGCCGAGACUUCGGCCAACUUUCUGAAGGCUUUCUCCUCAAUGAACACGCUGGUUCGUUCUUACGAAUCCGCGAACCGCCAGCGCGAAGCUGCCAGCGAGCAGUUUGAGAUGGCCCGAGCGGAAUCGGAGAGGAGAGUAACCAAGGCGACCGCAGCAAGGGAGAGGGCCGAGGCCUUGGUUGCGGCUGAGCAAGAAGCGAGGCAGAAGGAUGCCGAGGAGAAUGCUCGAAUUCGGCAGAAAGCCGAAGCGGAGAUUGAGCGCCUCAACCGCCUAUUUGCCGAGGAGAAGUCCCUUCGGGAGGCCGAGGUUGCUCGAGCCAGGAAGGCUGCCAAAAGGGAGGUUACCGAAGAGUUCGCCAAGCAGAUCAAAACGAUCGAGGCAAAGCUGGAACAGUUCGACCAGGUCGCUGAUCGAUACAUGUACUUCUCCCAAGCUAAGGCUAACGCCGAGCUGAUUGCCGAGCUCGAGGAGGGCAAGUCGAUCGAAGACGAGAAGAAAGAGGUAGAGGCAUGGAAAGAAGAGUUCGGGGACGCCGAAGCGGAGUAUUCUCAGCUCGCGGUCGAGCUGCUCGAAACUUUGAAGAUUCCUCCGGUGUCGCCCGACUCUGCUCAUGAUAGCCUUGGGAAUAGGUCGGUGGAGGGCGAGGCGAUCGAAGUUGGAGUUAUCGAUCAAGCAGGGACGAACCUGGGCUCCGAGGCUGCGCUUGUUCCAGACGAGGAGCAGGAUAAGUGAUCCUGAGGCGCCCCUUCUUUUAU